UUUUGUGCAGAAUAGAUGAAAUAAACUGUUCCUUUGCAGAGUUUUGAAAGAAAGAAAAAGAAGUUGGCGUAGUUGGGAGCUGCCCUUGUGGCUGUGGGGACUCACCCAGUUUGGACUUUGAAGAAGUUUCUCACUUUCCCUCUCUCUAUCUCUUUCUCUCUCUUGGGAAAAUUAAUGGCUGCUGAAGAGGUUGAUAAGCCUCCAUCACUCCCUCCUUACCCUGAGAUGAUUUUGGCUGCACUUGAAGCAUUGAAUGAGAAAAACGGCUCUAAUAAGACAUCCAUUUCAAAGCAUAUUGAAUCAAAAUAUGGAGAAUUACCAGCUGCCCACACAACGCUACUCGCUCACCACCUCAACAAAAUGAAGGAUACCGGAGAGUUGGUCUUUUGGAAAAACAACUACAUGAAAGCAGACCCAAAUGCGCCUCCGAGGCGUGGCCGUGGGAGGCCCCCCAAACCCAAGGUUCCAUUACCACUGGGUUCUCUCCUGGCCCCUGCCAGACCUAGGGGCCGUCCUCCCAAGGACCCAAAUGCAUCCCCAACCCCAAAGUCAGUCAAACCAAAAGUUGCAGCUACAGGUAGUGGAAAGCCAAGAGGUAGGCCACGCAAGAUGGCACGUCCCACAGGAGGAAUGAGUGGAACUACUGCAACCACAACAGUGGUAAUGGCAUCAGGGACUGGGAGGCCAAGAGGUCGGCCCCCAAAAGUGAAGCCUGGUUCUGUGACUGAAGUGAGUGUUCAAAUUUAGGGUACCAGUCUUCCAGCAGUGAUAGUAGUAGUUGGACUCUGUUGUUUUCAUGUGUUUGUAGAAUUGGGUGGUGGCGUGUUUCUACCUUUACUCUUUAGGUUUGCUAAUUUGUCUAUGCAUAUGUGCAAGUUCCUGUAGAAUUGAAUGAUUGUAGUUGAUGUUGUUAAGGCUUUGUUGGUUUACUCUAGAGAAUAAUUUGGUAGUACUGAUGAUUUGUUCUAUAAUUCAGUUUGCUGUUUCUAUUA